CAUGAGAGACAUGGGAGUCUGAUCAGUGCUGGAAUGAGGUGUUUUGUGCUGUAGUUUUGCUCUGCAGGACCUGUUUCUGGAGGGAAGCAGAAGGGCUGGACACAGGAGACGGACACAGGAAUUCCAGGUCACAAGGGCUCCUGUGGCAGAGCUCAGUCUUUGGCUGGGUUGGGCUGGGCUGGUAUUCCAACCUCUCCCUCUCACCGUCAUGAACGAAAUAGAGUAGGAAUAAACACAUUUAGAAGAGGGUGUUGAAUCACAAAUUGGGGCAAGAGAGGCAAGUGUUUCUUUUACACCAGGGGUCGACUUUCUGGCCUGACCUCCUCAUGAUGGGAUCCUCUGUUGCGUUAGCCUGUUGGCUGCUGGUGGUUUCUGCUCUUGGAGAGAUCCACUUGGUGAUGGGGGGUUGUUUGGGGAAAUGCUGCCGGGGCAGAGACCUGAGCUGUUCCACCACCGACUGGAGGAUGGACCGCGUUUACGGGACGUGCUACUGCGACGAGGGCUGCGUCAGAACCAAGGACUGCUGCUUCGACUACUUCACAGAGUGUCCAGCUCAGGAUUGCGCGGUGAGCGACUGGAGCUUUUGGAGCGGCUGUGCCAAGCCCUGCCAACCUUCAGUGAGAGCCCGGGUCCGUCACGUAGAGCAGCAGGCCGGUAACAGCGGCGAGCCCUGUCCCGGCCUGCAGCAACGAGCCGGCUGCAGGGAGUACAGAGACCACCAGGGCAGCCACUGUGGACUCAACUCAGGACCUGCGUUUAUCACCAGCAUGGAGUUUGGCAAGGGGAGGCCCAAAUAUGACAGCUAUGGAAACCCCCUGGACUCUGGGUUCUGUGUGGAAUUCACUCUGGAGUCACGGACACCACACUGUACCGUGGAGAGCCGGCCACACACACACUGGAUGCGCUACAUAACAGAAGGAUUUAAAGUGUGUGUGGCAUGUGAGCCUCCUGCAAUGCGAAACAAUAGCGGCAGCUGCCAAGGAGAUGGUCAGGAAUCAGACAAAGAGGCUGUGCUGCACUGGCAGGCGGUGGGGAACCCUCGGUGCAGCGGGACAUGGAAGAAGAUCCAGAGAACCCAGCAGUGCACCUGUCCACCACAACACAGCUUUGUCUUUAUCUGAUCCACACAAAGCGCUACUGGACAAAAGCUCUGAUCUGGAGUCCACAAAAACAACCAAGACCCCCUUCACAGUGGACCUGUCAUAAUGAGUUCAUUCCAGGUGCCUCGACACCACAGGCUUUCAUCACUGAGAAAAGACUUAUGACUUGAGACUCAAUGGUGAUACAACUAUGUUUCUAAUAUGCUACACUGAUAAAGGCACGUUCCAAUCGCUGCGGCCGCCACGCACAUUUCAACUGUUCUAAAACAGUGUACAGUAUUUUACCUUUCUUUUAGUUCACAAUAAGCACCUAUCAGUUGAUUUUUUGUACAUUGUUUAUUGUAACACACCACUGCUGUAUUCAUUGUUUUAAAACAAUUUUAUUGGUAAAAUAUUUAACUUAAAAUGGA